UUUCAUUUUGCCGUUGAUUACAAAAGGUCCAAAAGUCCGUUCGAGCAGCGUCACAGGCUCGAGACUCAUUGACGGGUCACACGACAUCGUAUCAAGGCUCUGUUGAGCCAGGUCGAGGGUGUCCGUUAAGGCGGACAGGCUCGGCUGGCGCUCUUUGCGAUUGAAGGCGUUCCCUGGCUUUCUGAACAUCGACUCGUUCCUUAGGUUUAGCUACACGACCCGACGCUGGUAGAUGAGGGCAGCGUGCGGUAUAUCGCAGGAAUCCAGGCCAUUAUGGAUGUCAAACCAUCUGUCACCGGCUCCUCAAUCUCAUCGACCCAUGCUCCGCAAGCCGAGUCAUCCUUUAACUUAGAGUCGAAUGGUGACGUCCAGAAACCUAAUGUCGAACCCCGGGUCAAGGUGGAGACGGACAGUGGGAAUAUUGAUCGAGUGAUAGAGGAUGAGAGUGUGCGGAGGAAGAGGAAAUGGUCGGAGUUGGGUUAUACAGCAGAAGAGAUCCGGACGAGGGAAAAGGCUGUUUUGAGCUACCAGCUCGCCCUGCUACAAGAUCAACAGGCUACUCUCUUUCCUUCGGCGCCGACUGCCUUCACAUCAUACCAUGACGUUGUGGACCGCUUGAUUCCGUAUCAUAUUUGGCAGAUACCAGAUGAGGAGCUAGAUGGUGGGGAUCCCUCCACCUCAGCAAAAGAUAAACAAAGGGUUCAAAGAGAUAUAUUCGACGCUCGAGUUCUGACGGGGGUGAUGAACAAGGCUCGUGAUCGUUUCACCCGGGUCAAGCGGCGCGAGGGCAUGUUUCCCUCAGACUUGCCUUCUGUGAUCAACCUCAUCAAAUCCUCUACGAGCCAAAUUCGCGAAGAAUUAGACGCUGUGCAAUCUUCCUUGAGAAUGGUUAAAAUGGAGUACGAUGUCCUCGAGACUGCACGUCGGUCAAGAGAACGUCUCACUUCAUCCAGCUUUCACGCACCAAACAUUUCCUUACCUGUUGCACCGGCUUCGACCUCUGCACGACCCAUGUCCACGCCCGCAGGACCAUUGACCAACACCACCACCACCACCUCCUCCUCCUCCUCCUUCUCCACCACGACAGCGGCUCCCACCGCUAUACCUCCCUCUGUAUCUACAGCCACAUCCACAUCCUCUACGCCUGAAAGGGGCCGAGGAAGAGGUCGACCGAGAGGGUCUGGUCGUGGAGGUCACAGAGAGCCAGUUACCAGUCAUCUGUCCACUCCAACUCAAUCUCGCCCAGCCGUGCAAGCUACCGGCAAAACUCCUGCACCAACACCGUCUACUCCCAGUGCCAUCACUGGCACGCCAUCUGUUACCGCCGCAUCUACAUCAUCGACUACGCCAUCGGCCGCAGCGCCAAAGACGGGCGCAAUGCCGGUCUCUGCGGCGUCAAAAGCUAGCACGACACCCGGAGAGGGAUCGUCAAGAACCAAAGAUCCAAAUGCGGUAGUCAGUGCACUGAAACCUGGUCAACCGUUGAAAGUCACUGUGGCUGGCGGUGCAAUAAGCCAUUUGGCAAAGCUUGGGAUCGUCAACGCCGGAGAAAACUUUGUCGCUGCCAAGGGUCAGGCUAAUCCUCCAGCCGUUGUGAUCUCAAAGUCAGCAGAUGGGAGCACAUCAACUUUAUCACUCGAUCUAUCGAAAUGCACGCCGCAUCAGCACCUUAUUCUCGCCAAGGUUCUCAAGAUCAGACUGGACGUCAUUCAGUCCAGUGCCAAUGCUUCGAGAGCCGCGUCUGCAGCUACAGGCAGUCCAUCGAUGUCCAAGAACGCCACUCCAGCCAAAGCUCCUGCUACGACAAUUUCAGCGAGUGCGGCCUCGGCAGGUGCCAAGACUUCGACAAAUACUACUCCAUCGAAAGCUCAAACACCCACUGUGAACGCUGCUGCUCCAGCUGCAUCGGACCCUAGCAAGCGGACGAGGGCGGCGGGCAAUGGGACAUGAGAAAGCUACAGAUUCGCUCACUUAACUACUUAACUGAUGACGCAGUCUAUGGCAGCCAUUCCCAGAUCGCUCGCUGUACAACGAUGCAUACAAUCACGU